AGCCAUCAACAGGAAACAGCCAAUGCGCUACCAGAUGGACAACUACGAGCAGCCGACCAGGCGACAGAUGAGGCCCACGGAGACGGAGGAUGUGGCUGUAAAGGUGACCAAUGGAUUCUUCACGUGGGGAAGCAACCUGUCCACGCUGUCAGACAUCAACAUCCGCAUCCCCACAGGUCAGCUGACGAUGAUUGUGGGCCAGGUGGGUUGUGGGAAAUCGUCCCUGCUGCUGGCCAUGCUUGGCGAGAUGCAGACCAUCGAUGGAAGAGUCUACUGGAGCAAGCCGCCUGAUAAUGAGACGGUCCACGAUGGGAUCAUAAGGUACUCUCUCUGGCCGCCUCUCGCUAGAACAAUCAUCUACACUGACUGUGAACAUUCACAUUUUAUCCAUUUGUCUAAUUUACAGUGAAUUUUGUCAAGUUUAAGCAGCUUUAACCU